AUAUAAUUAUUUGCCAUGGGUCAUGUACAUGUUAUCAGAAUUCUCCACACCACCUUUGGAAUUUUUGGAAAUGUUUUUGGCAUAUUACUCUUCUUGGCGCCCAUGAUUACAUUCAAAAGGAUUAUUAUGAAGAGAUCAACAGAGAAGUUCUCAGGGGUGCCAUAUCUAAUGAGUCUCUUCAACUGCUUGUUUUCAGCUUGGUAUGGUCUACCUUUUGUGUCACCAAACAACACAUUAUUAACAGUGUUGGCUUCCAUAGGUGGUGCCUUGGAGGCAAUUUAUGUGUUGAUUUUCCUCAUAUUUGCACCCAAAAAAGAGAAGUUUAAGAUAUCUGGAAUUCUCUUUUUGGUCCUUUCAAUCUUCUCAAUUGUGGCUUUAGUCUCUGUGUUAAAACUUCAUGGAGAUAAAAGGAAGCUUCUUUGUGGCUUAGCUUUUGCUAUUACUUGUAUUAUGAUGUUUGGUGCUCCUCUAACAGUAAUGAGGCAGGUGAUAAAAUCUAAAAGUGUGGAGUACAUGCCCUUCUUCUUGUCACUAUCUAUUUUCAACUCUAGUACCUCAUGGGCAAUUUAUGGCUUGCUUGGGAAAGACCCUUUCAUUAUUGUACCAAAUUCAGUCGGAUCUCUAUUAGCAUGUGUGCAACUGAUUUUGUAUGCAAUUUAUCGCGAUAGCAAAAAGAAAUUAGACGUUGAAACGGAGGGCUCAAUCGAAACAGGGCAUGAAAAACCCCAAAUUGAGAUACAGAAAAAUAUGGAAACUUAUAAACUUCUAGCUAUGGCAAUCAUCAAAAUUCUCCACACUUUGUUUGGGAUUUUUGGCAAUAUUACUGGCUUGUUUCUCUUCUUAGCUCCAAUGAUAACAUUCAAGAGGGUUAUUAUGCAUAAGUCAACAGAGCAAUUCUCAGGCAUACCAUAUGUAAUGACACUUCUCAAUUGCUUGCUCUCUACUUGGUAUGGUCUGCCAUUUGUGUCACCAAACAACAUGUUGGUAUCAAUUAUCAAUGGCACAGGAGCAGGACUUGAGGCAUUCUAUGUGUUAGUUUUCCUCAUAUUUGCACCAAAGAAGGAAAAAGCAAAAAUCUCUGGAAUUCUAUGUGUUGUCCUUUCUAUCUUCUCAACUGUUGCAUUGGUCUCAAUGUUAGCUCUCCAUGGCAAUAAAAGAAAGGUCUUUAGUGGCUUUGCUGCUGCUAUUUUCUCCAUCAUUAUGUAUGGUUCUCCUUUGUCAAUUAUGAGGCUAGUGAUCAAGACUAAAAGUGUGGAGUACAUGCCUUUCUUCUUGUCCUUGUUUGUUUUUCUUUGUGGCACCUCAUGGUUUGUCUAUGGAUUGCUUGGAAAAGACCCUUUCAUUGCAGUACCAAAUGGAGUUGGAAGUUUUCUAGGAACAGCACAAUUGAUAUUGUAUGCCAUUUAUAGGGAAAACAAAGGACAAAUCAAGAAAGGUGAGGAAGAUGGAAGAGUAGAGAUGGAAUUAGAGAAGCCAUAUGAGAAGGAAAUACCUAACACCCAAAGUGGUGAUGCAAAAGUAUGAUGAAUUUAAUUAGAAUAUUCAAUCAAAAAAAAAAAUAUGUAACCAAACUUUGUGUUAUUUUUUUUUUCCUAAUUGGAAGGAGUAAUCCUCAUUAUCUCAAGUGUGUACUUGUAAUAACUUAGACAUCAUUAGUAUUCUCCUUGUUUAUUGUGAAAGUUCUUUUAAGAAAUCAAGAGUCUUUUUCAAACAA